UUUUUCUUACAUCCACCUGGCCAGAUCAUUUGGAUUUUUUAUACGAGUCAUUUUGAAACGCUUUUCUAGGGAACCCUGGAGUAAAGGGUUCCUCAAUGAGAAGAAGAUGAGAAGUAAUAGUGGAUUAGUUUCCCUGAAAGACAAUUUGCUCACCACUACCAAUCUUCACCUGCAAUGUGGAGCUACACGGGAGUGUUGGAUAUAUUUUAGGGCAUGCUUUCUAGGGGUGUGCACGAAGCCAGGUUCAUGUGGUGGCCUGAAUUCGGACCACUCUUCUGGUCUGCAAACCGGUUUGUUCCAACCAGUUUGGCGAUUCAAGGGCGCCAUCAGGAGGGAAGGGGUGGCAAGCAACACCUUUCAAAAUUAGUAACUUCAUGGCCGCUGCUCCAGGCAGCUUCCUGUGGUGGCGGUUCUCCACCCAGCAGACCGCAUGUGGCAGCAGCACUCACCUGGCCUCUAUACAUGUGUGGAGGCCAGAUGCUGCUGGGGGGAGCGCUGCCACAAUAGGAAGCUGCCUGGAGCGGCGGUCAUACAGGUAAGGACCUGCUUACUCACUUUUAAAGGUGCUCCCCCCCCCACGCAGUGCCAAACCUGUCCAUAAUUCAGACAAACUGGAACAAACCAGUUCGCAGACCACAGACUGGUCUGAAUUUGAACUGCCACACAAACCAGCUUCGUGCACACCCCUAAUACUCUCAAUUCACACGAGCCUAGCAUGAAUGGACUGUGCUAUCAACAUGCCCUCAAAUCAGUGCACUGGGGUUCUGUGGCAGACAAGUUGACAUGGAACUAUUCCUUGAAGGAAGAACAUUUGAAAAUGACUGCUGCUUUAUAUCAUAAUCUUCAGAUUAUUUUCUAUUUAAAUGGAGUGUAUUAUAUCUUUUAUUUCUUGGCAACCCUGCUUAUGAUUAUUUACAAAAGUCAGCUUUUCACGUAUCCAGAUAAUUUCUUGGCUCUUGAUCUCAUAUUGUUGUUGGUUAUGGCCAUUCUGGAAGCACUCAGGCUAUACUUUGGUACUAAAGGGAACCUGACAGAAGAAGAAGCUCCCUUGGGGAUCAGUCUUGUGAUCACUGCUGGCAGCAUAAUACUAGCUGUCUACUUUUUGGUGUGGCAAACUUAUGUCAUGAGAGCAGAUGUCAUUAUUAAUGCUGUAUUGUUUGUUACAUAUGGGCUUGAAGGAAUUCUAGAAAUCAUAGCAAUUGCUGCAUUUGUUAGUUAAAUCAUAGUUAAAUCAAUGAUCUUCUAUAUUUGCUUAAUAAAGAAACAACAUAUAUCCCUAAAGUGAUCCUUGUAAAAGUACACGGGGUUAGUUUUCUCAGGUAUAAAACACUAAAUAAAUUGUUCAUCAUUACACUGCAAAGUUUCUUGAGGCUAAAAUGGCACAUAGCUCACUCUGCAGGGUCAUUUUUAGCAUAGCUUAUUUAAUAGUGGUGUGUGUUUUCUUUUCAUUGGACUUUGGAGUUACGUGUUCAUAUCCUUCACAUGUCUCCUCCCUGUGAUGUUGCAGGGAAAGUUAUGUAUAUUCAGUUGCACAGGGACAUGUUAUGGACACAUGCCAGGGAUCCAUGUUGACCCACAGCUUCCCAGCGUGUGUUUGCUAUAUGACUAUAGAUGUGGACCUUCUCCUUAAAUGUUAAAGGUGUACAUAGGGAGACCCAUGGUGAACAGGAAAUAUAAAGUGCUACAUAAAGUGUGAAUCAGCCCUUUGCAUAAAUAUGUCAGAACCACACUCUAGAUUUUUGUUGCUCCUGAAAAUAAUUCCAUGUAUUUCAGUAGAAUUACAAUGGAAUAAAACAAAGAGUUAUGCACUAUGUUGAAACAAUUUUUAAAAUUUCUUAGAAACUGGUAUAAAGAUAAAGUAUGCCGCCAGGUUGGUGUUGACUCCUAGCGCCCACAGAGCCCUGUGGUUUUCUUUGGUAGAAUACAGGAGGGGUUUACCAUUGCCGUCUCCUGCGCAGGAUGAGAUGAUGCCUUUCAGCACCUUCCUAUAUCGCUGCUGCCUGAUAUAGGUGUUUCCCGUAGUCUGGGAUACAUACCAGCGGGGAUUCGAACCGGCAACCUCUGACUUGCUAGUCAAGUCAUUUCCCCACUGCACCAUUAGGUGACUAGAAACUGGUAUAUCUGCUCUGAAUAAAUUUACUAGUAAUUAACCAGUAGAUUUUAUUUAAAAUAAUCACUGAUUUCAAUGUAAAUCUUGUUGAUGCCUUCCACUAAACAGAAUUAAGACUGAAGUAUAAAUCUCAUAGAUUUGUUCAGACAUAAUGCCAUAGUGUGGUUUGGCGUUAUAUGUACAAGCCUUGGGAUUACAUGCUGCCUCCUCCCCACCCCAUGCAUAAUCUGAUUCCCUCCUUAACCUCCUGUUUAAUGACAAACCAUAUUUUGCCAUUACAUCAAGUUGGUUAAGCUAUUAUUUAAAAGAGAUAAAGACAAAAACAAGACCACAGCAAUUUCAUGUUUAGGAGAAAAAUGAUACAAUAAUCUACAUUACUAAAAAGGGGCUGUUCACAUGGGCAGCCAAGCCCCGGCUUGGGCAGUCCAGCCUGGGCUUGGCUACUCAUGUACACCGGGAUCGAGCCCAGUCCCAGUGCUGCCUCAGCCCCAAGCCUGAGCAUUUACCCCAGGUUCGGGGUGGUGUGUGUGGGGGGGGCGGCUGGAGGCAGCUCACACACACAGAGAGAGUUGGGCAGCAAGAGCGCCCGGUAGACAGAGGAUCCCUCAAUCCCACAUUGAGGGAUGCCGAAGGACUUCUUCCUCCAGCUCCCUGCUCUGCCGUUUCCUGCAGCACCAAUCAUGUGUUGGCCGAGCAACAGAGCCAAGAGAGCAAAAUUGCUCAUGUGCAGGAAGGGGUGGGGAGGCAGGCAGCGGCCAUCCACCCCACCCACUCAUUUGGCCAUGUGCAUGACCUCAAAAUCUAUCUAAUAUGAGAAGAGAGCCCCAUUAUGCCAGUUGUAAUGUUGUUAAGAGCAAUUCCAGUGAGCACAAAUUCAAGUCUCAUCUAACCUUUGGGUGAAUUGGUUGUUCUGGAAACUGCAUUGCUCUCUCACUCUCACUCUCACUCACUCUUUUAACAUCUCACCUUUCUAUAGAAUAUUUAAUGUGCUUUUCCAUCACUUCAUUUUUCUCUCCAUAAAAAUAACCUCUUCAAAUUGUGUUGUUUAAAAGCCAUAUCAAGUAGUUUAAGUAGUGUUUUUAAAAUGACCGUAUUUAUGUAAUACUUUUAAAAAUAACCUGUAUAUAUCUAGAUAUUUCUAAUUUUCUAUCAGUAUUUUUAAGAAUAAACAGACUGUAAGAUAUACAUACUUAACUGAUAAAUAAUUGCAGUGGGGAGGCAGUGAUGGAAACUUUUCUAACAGUUUGCUUCCCCAUACACAGUGGAAAUACAUACAUAUGGAAUAUAAGCUGCUGGUGCUGUGUACCAGGUAGUUUUCUUAGGCAAUGUCAGGUCAUCUUAGCACUGAGUGAAAGAGCAGCUCUGUGAUGUUCAGAGGUAAUUAAUCUAACAUGAGGUCAUGCAGCAUGCUUGAGGUUUGCUCCUGUAUGUGUCUGAGGACCACUAGAAGUCUUUCAGAACUAUUUGCAGAUGGCUAUGAAAGAACAGUUUUACUUUUGCAGGACCAUCCCCACCGAAUGUUCUAUAAAAUGCAAAGUAGUGCUUUCAUAGAUAAAAGUAAAUUAUAUUUACUUUAUAAAUAGAGUUUUGUUACUAUUAUUUCUGAGCACACUUUUACUACCUUUACUACUGUCCCAUGCACAAUAAUAUGACUAUAUGUAGAAAGUACUUUUGAACCACUAUUAAUGUUCCAACAUAACAGAACAAGAAUGUCUGGUUAAUCAACCAAAAACUUGAAACAGAA